UGCUCCGCCCCGGCACCGGCCGAGCGGGACGUGAGGCGACGCGUAGCACCAACCGCCUGCCCGCGAGGGCUGCGGGGCACCGCCAUUUUGCGGGGCGGCGAGAGGCCCCACUGGCCAGACCCACCCCCCAUUUCAGGGACAGCCCCGCCACCCUUCGCCGGGGACGGGCCGGGCCCGACCCGACCGGGCCCCGCCCGCCGUCUGGCUGGUCUCAGUCCUGGCCGCGCCUUCCGCCCUUCGCCGCUCAGGUAUCAGGUGAAACUGGUCGGCAGUGCAGGCGAAGCGGUGGUGGCUGGAGCGCGGCGAGAGGAUGGCUGUCCGUCGCGGCUUGUGUCUGCUGCUGGUCUCUGCGAUGCUGGGAGCCGCCGCCGCUGCAGAGAACAGUGGAGCCAGCAGUUCAAAAGGAAGAAGUUUUGCUGGUCAAAAAGUUACAAAUGCAAAUAAUUCUGAAGAGUCAUACAAAGUGGAUGAAUUUGCAGCAGAAGUCCUCAGAGGAAAGCUGACUACAGUUUUUCUUCCCAUUGUCUAUAUCUUUGUCUUUAUAGUUGGUUUGCCAAGCAAUGCUGUGGCCCUCUGGGUCUUUUUUUUCCGAACAAAGAAGAAACAUCCAGCUGUGAUUUAUAUGGUUAACUUGGCAUUGGCAGACCUUCUUUUUAUUGUCUGGUUUCCACUGAAGAUUGCAUACCAUCUGAAUGGCAAUAACUGGCUAUUUGGUGAAGGUCUCUGCAAAGUACUUGUUGGAUUUUUCUAUGGAAAUAUGUACUGUUCCAUUCUCUUUAUUACAUGUCUCGGUGUACAACGGUAUUGCGUUGUAGUGAACCCCAUGGCGCAUUCAAAAAAGAAAGCAGAAAUUGCCUUGGGCGUCUCCAUUGCUAUUUGGGUACUGAUUUUGUUGGGCACCAUUCCAUUGUAUCUCGUUAAUCAGACGGUAUAUAUUUCAAAUCUUAACAUCACUACCUGCCAUGAUGUGUUGCCUUAUAAUGUUUUGGCUCAUGAUAUGUUCAGUUAUUUCCUCUCACUUGCAAUUGGAUUCUUCUUAAUCCCAGCUAUCGUCACUGCUGUCGCAUACAUACUAAUGAUUAAGACUCUGAGUACCUCCGUCAUAGAAGAUGGCAAGAAACGAAUAAGAGCAAUCAAACUCAUUAUUGUUGUCCUGUCCAUGUAUCUCAUCUGUUUUACACCUAGCAAUGUGCUGAUUAUUGUGCACUAUUUGCUCCUCAAAGGCUACGGCCAGAGCUAUAUGUAUGCGUGGUACAUAAUUACGCUGUGUCUUUCCACUUUGAACAGUUGUAUUGACCCAUUCAUCUAUUAUUAUAUUUCAAAAGACUUUAGAGACAACCUUAAAUAUGCUCUUAUUUGCCGAACCGUACGAGCAACACGGAGGAUGCAAGUGUCUCUCUCAUCAGGCAGAUACCCCAAGAAAUCAGAUUCUUACUCUUCAAACCUAAGUAGGACCAAUAAAUCAACCUACUGAGUUUAAUCUUAGAAAAGUGAACUUUUAAUAGUACUGAUGAAAGGAUGUGAGUCACAAUAGAAUUAUUUUGUACAAGAGAGUCUGAAGAAACGUUUCUGCAUUUUAAUUACAUUGAAGACUGGGGAAAAAAAAGGCAUUUCAGAUGCUCUGCGAAAAUGCUGCUGACCUAGAAGUGAAUUGUGGUUGAAGACAUUCUCAUUCAAUAUAAAAGUUUUUAAAAAGCAAAAUGUCUCUGGAAUGUUAUGUAGUGUAUUUCAUUAACAGAUAAAUCUGUUUUGUUUAAUGUAUUAAGCAGCUUUUAAUGUAUUAAGCAGCUGAACAGAUUGUGUUUGUAGGACCUUGCUCUGUGUACCUGCUUACACUGAAAAUCAUUUGAAGCUGUAGAGAGAAGAAAGAAGAGGAGAAUCCAUUUCACCAUCUUGGUGUAGACUGCUUAUUAUCUUUAGUAUAAUGUAAUUUUUAUAUUGUUUUCCAAGUUACAGUGCUGUAAAUACUAACAGUGCAGAACCUUAUAAUGUUACCCUGUUGAGUUGAUGAGCUGAACUGGUUAUCAGCUAGCACUGGGAUAAAAUGUUAGUUGAGAUUAUCCACUGUUACUUAACACUUGCCAGUGCACAAUCUAAAUGGGGAUAUGUAGCAAAAUGUUGAUUAAUAGCAGUUUGAUUUUAUGUAAUAUGUCUUGUAUUUUUUAAGAUAUCUAAAUAAGAUUUUUUAUAACACA